GCUUGCUCGGGCUAUCCUAAGAAGACAGUAGAUCGUCCAGCUUUUGCAUGAUCCGCAAUACUCAAAUGCGGGAGCUUGCCUCCUGUCCAUCUUCUUGACCUUGUUCACCGCUGCCCGACUUUCGCUUCAGCUUCAACACUCACUAUGGCGCCUUCGCCGAAGAAGAAGAAACUCAAUAAUGGCAGUGUUCGCAAGACGAGCUCUGUCGCAUCCGGGCAUUCGCGCAAUUCUUCAGUCAGCAAGACCGAGGUGAUCAUCAAUGUCUACGACCUCUUACCUCCCGGCAGACUCUCCUCGCUACUCUGGACAAUCGGCGGCAGUCUCCUCCACUCGGGAGUAGUCAUUAACGAUCGCGAAUACGCCUACGGCGGCCACAACAAACGCGGUGUCACAGGCGUCUACUACACGCGACCGAAAUACGAGCCUCCGGGAGGCACACACCGCAUCAGCAUCCUGCAAGGCUUCACGUUCCAUUCCCCGCACGAAGUCGAGCGCAUCAUCAAGGAAGUCAGCGACGAGUUCCUGGGCCCGAGCUAUAACCUCUUGACACACAAUUGCAACCACUUCACUUCGGCGCUGGUCACGGCAUUGACAGGGAAAGCUGCGCCGGCAUGGCUCAAUCGCGCAGCUUCGAUAGGAUUGGCAUUACCUUGUAUGGUUCCGCGCGAAUGGAUUUCUCCGCCGGACGUGGAAACAGCAGACGGCGCAUUGCUGGAGGAUCAAGAGGAGCAUGACGACGACGAUGCGAUUGAGACGGCACAUUACAAAGACGACGACGAUGACGACGCUGAUGAAAGAGCGAGUAUGUUGGAAACAGAACGACAUGCGCGCUUGAGAGAAGAGCAGAGACGAGCACGAGAGGAAGAGCUGAGAUAUCGGAAAGAGAAGAGGAUGAGCAUGAAGAGCGGUGGAGCAAGCAGGAUGAGCAAUGCAAGUCUUGCGAGGGACAAUGGGAGGAAAGGAAGCGCAACGAGUAGUUCUGCGGAAGAGGACAGUGAAGAACAAAGUCUCGCUGGCGGACCACGGAUAACGACAACUGAUGAGCCGCCUCCGCGCUUUGUGAAGAGGACGGAUAGUCAAGGCAGAGAGCUACCUGUGGCUGAAAGAGCACCAUUGCCAAGGUCUGCUUCGAGCGCUUCGGCGAGUAAGAGUUGAGAUGGGCAAGACAGUUUCUUUGAAUUGGAUAUUCUCUUGGGGAGGUUUAUUUUGUUUAUUGAGAUACCCACGCAUGCGAUCGCUAUAUUAAUCGAGAUAUUGGAGCUCAGGCAGCAUAUUCAUCGACC